AUGGCUCAGCAAGCUGCUGAUAAGUACCUCUAUGUGGACAAGAACUUCAUCAACAACCCACUGGCUCAGGCCGACUGGGCCGCCAAGAAGCUGGUCUGGGUCCCCUCCGAGAAGAAUGGCUUUGAGCCUGCGAGUCUCAAAGAGGAGGUGGGUGACGAGGCCAUCGUGGAGCUGAUUGAGAAUGGCAAGAAGGUCAGAGUGAAUAAGGAUGACAUCCAGAAGAUGAACCCCCCCAAGUUCUCCAAGGUGGAGGACAUGGCGGAGCUCACCUGCCUCAAUGAGGCAUCGGUGCUUCACAACUUGAAGGAGAGGUACUACUCGGGGCUCAUCUAUACCUAUUCAGGACUGUUCUGUGUGGUCAUCAACCCUUACAAGAACCUGCCCAUCUACUCGGAAGAGAUUGUGGAGAUGUACAAAGGCAAAAAGCGGCACGAGAUGCCCCCUCACAUCUACGCCAUCACAGACACGGCCUACAGGAGUAUGAUGCAAGAUCGAGAAGACCAGUCCAUUUUGUGCACGGGGGAAUCAGGAGCUGGAAAGACUGAGAACACCAAGAAGGUCAUUCAGUACCUGGCUUACGUGGCUUCUUCGCACAAGAGCAAAAAGGACCAGGGUGAACUGGAGCGACAGCUGCUGCAGGCCAACCCCAUCCUGGAGGCCUUUGGUAAUGCCAAGACCGUGAAGAAUGACAACUCUUCUCGAUUUGGCAAGUUCAUUCGGAUCAACUUUGAUGUCAAUGGUUACAUUGUGGGAGCCAACAUCGAGACUUAUCUUUUGGAGAAAUCACGGGCCAUCCGUCAAGCCAAGGAAGAACGGACCUUCCAUAUCUUCUACUAUCUGCUGUCCGGGGCUGGAGAACACUUGAAGACUGACCUCUUGUUGGAGCCCUACAACAAGUAUCGUUUCCUGUCCAAUGGGCACGUCACCAUCCCAGGCCAACAGGACAAGGAUAUGUUCCAGGAGACCAUGGAAGCCAUGAGGAUCAUGAGCAUUCCUGAGGAGGAGCAAAUGGGCUUGCUGAGAGUGAUCUCAGGGGUCCUUCAGCUCGGCAAUAUCGCCUUCAAGAAGGAGCGCAACACUGACCAGGCCUCUAUGCCAGACAAUACAGCUGCCCAAAAAGUCUCCCACCUUCUGGGGAUCAACGUGACUGAUUUCACUCGAGGGAUCCUCACGCCUCGAAUCAAGGUUGGACGGGAUUAUGUACAGAAAGCCCAGACCAAAGAACAGGCCGACUUUGCCAUUGAGGCUUUGGCCAAAGCUACGUACGAGCGGAUGUUCCGCUGGCUCGUGAUGCGCAUCAACAAGGCGCUGGACAAGACGAAGAGGCAGGGCGCCUCCUUCAUCGGCAUCCUGGACAUCGCUGGCUUUGAGAUCUUUGAUCUGAACUCUUUUGAGCAGCUCUGCAUCAACUACACCAAUGAGAAGCUGCAGCAGCUCUUCAACCACACCAUGUUCAUCCUGGAGCAGGAGGAGUACCAGCGCGAGGGCAUUGAGUGGAACUUCAUUGACUUUGGCCUGGACCUGCAGCCCUGUAUCGACCUCAUCGAGAAGCCUGCGGGCCCCCCUGGCAUCUUGGCGCUUUUAGAUGAAGAAUGUUGGUUCCCCAAAGCCACAGACAAAAGCUUUGUAGAGAAGGUGAUGCAGGAGCAGGGCACACACCCAAAGUUCCAGAAGCCCAAGCAGCUGAAAGACAAAGCUGACUUUUGUAUCAUUCACUACGCUGGCAAGGUUGAUUAUAAAGCUGACGAAUGGCUGAUGAAGAACAUGGACCCCCUGAAUGAUAAUAUCGCCACACUUCUCCAUCAGUCCUCAGAUAAAUUUGUCUCCGAACUGUGGAAAGAUGUCGAUCGCAUCAUUGGCCUUGACCAGGUGGCCGGCAUGUCUGAAACGGCUCUGCCAGGCGCCUUUAAGACCAGGAAGGGCAUGUUCCGAACAGUUGGACAGCUCUAUAAGGAGCAGCUCUCCAAGCUGAUGGCCACCCUGAGGAACACCAACCCCAACUUUGUCCGCUGCAUCAUCCCCAACCAUGAGAAGAAGGCCGGCAAACUAGACCCUCACCUUGUCUUGGACCAGCUGCGCUGCAAUGGCGUGUUGGAGGGAAUCCGCAUCUGUCGACAGGGCUUCCCCAACAGGGUCGUCUUCCAGGAGUUCCGGCAGAGAUAUGAGAUCCUGACUCCAAAUUCCAUCCCUAAGGGCUUCAUGGAUGGAAAACAGGCGUGUGUGUUGAUGAUCAAAGCUUUGGAACUGGACAGCAAUCUGUACCGCAUUGGGCAGAGCAAAGUCUUCUUCCGAGCUGGGGUGCUCGCCCACCUGGAGGAGGAGAGAGACCUGAAGAUCACAGACGUCAUCAUAGGCUUCCAGGCGUGCUGCAGGGGCUACCUGGCCAGGAAGGCCUUCGCCAAGCGACAGCAGCAGCUCACAGCCAUGAAAGUCCUCCAGCGCAACUGUGCAGCCUACUUGAAGCUCCGCAACUGGCAGUGGUGGCGCCUCUUCACCAAGGUCAAGCCCCUGCUGCAAGUCAGCAGACAGGAGGAGGAGAUGAUGGCCAAGGAGGAGGAGCUGGUCAAAGUGAAGGAGAAGCAGCUGGCUGCAGAGAACCGACUCACGGAGAUGGAGACCCUGCAGUCUCAGCUGAUGGCGGAGAAGCUUCAGCUCCAGGAGCAGCUUCAGGCCGAGACGGAGCUGUGUGCCGAGGCCGAGGAGCUGCGGGCCCGCCUGACGGCCAAGAAGCAGGAGCUGGAGGAGAUCUGUCACGACUUGGAGGCCCGCGUGGAGGAGGAAGAGGAGCGCUGCCAGCACCUGCAGACGGAGAAGAAGAAGAUGCAGCAGAACAUCCAGGAACUAGAGGAGCAGCUGGAGGAAGAGGAGAGUGCGAGGCAGAAGCUGCAGCUGGAGAAGGUGACCACAGAAGCCAAGCUGAAGAAGCUCGAAGAAGAUCAGAUCAUCCUAGAAGACCAGAACUGCAAACUCGCCAAGGAGAAGAAGCUGUUGGAGGACAGAAUCUCGGAGUUCACCACCAACCUCACAGAAGAGGAGGAGAAGUCCAAGAGUCUGGCCAAGCUGAGGAACAAGCAUGAGGCCAUGAUCACGGACCUGGAAGAACGCCUGCGCAGAGAGGAGAAGCAACGGCAGGAGCUGGAGAAGACCCGGCGGAAGCUGGAGGGAGAUUCCACGGACUUGAACGACCAGAUCGCAGAGCUGCAGGCGCAGAUCGCAGAGCUCAAGAUGCAGCUGGCCAAGAAGGAAGAGGAGCUCCAGGCUGCCCUGGCCAGAGUGGAGGAGGAGGCGGCCCAGAAGAAUCUGGCCCUGAAGAAGAUCCGCGAGCUGGAAUCCCAGAUCUCUGAGCUGCAGGAAGACCUGGAGUCCGAGCGGGCUUCCCGGAACAAGGCUGAGAAACAGAAGCGGGAUCUGGGCGAGGAGUUGGAGGCUCUGAAAACUGAGCUGGAGGACACCCUGGAUUCCACCGCCGCCCAACAGGAGCUCAGGUCAAAGCGGGAACAGGAAGUAAACAUUCUGAAGAAGACCCUUGAUGAUGAGGCAAAGACCCACGAGGCCCAGAUCCAGGAGAUGAGGCAGAAACACUCCCAGGCCGUGGAGGAGCUGGCCGAGCAGCUGGAGCAAACCAAACGGGUAAAAGCCAACCUGGAGAAAGCCAAGCAGGCACUGGAGAAUGAGCGGGCGGAGCUCUCCAACGAGGUGAAGGCCCUUCUGCAGGGCAAAGGGGACUCAGAGCACAAGCGUAAGAAGGUGGAGACGCAGCUCCAGGAGCUGCAGGUGAAGCUCACCGAAGGCGAGCGGGUGCGGACGGAGCUGGCCGACAAGGUCACCAAGCUGCAGGUUGAGCUGGACAACAUCACGGGCCUCCUUAAUCAGUCUGACAGCAAGUCCAGCAAGCUGGCCAAAGACUUCUCUGCUUUGGAGUCUCAGCUUCAAGACACACAGGAGCUGCUGCAGGAGGAGACUCGUCAGAAGCUGAGCCUGAGUACCAAACUGAAGCAGACGGAGGAUGAGAAGGGCACCCUGAGGGAGCAGCUGGAGGAGGAAGAAGAGGCCAAGAGGAGCCUGGAAAAGCAAAUCGCCACCCUCCAUGCCCAGGUGGCCGACAUGAAGAAGAAGAUGGACGAUGGUGUGGGCUGCCUGGAGUCAGUGGAGGAAGCCAAGAGGAGGCUCCAGAAGGACCUGGAGGGGGUGAGCCAGCGCUACGAGGAGAAGGCCGCAGCUUACGACAAGCUGGAGAAGACGAAGACGCGGCUGCAGCAGGAGCUGGAUGACCUCCUCGUCGACCUGGAUCACCAGAGGCAGAUCGUCUCCAACCUGGAGAAGAAGCAGAAGAAGUUUGACCAGCUCCUGGCGGAGGAGAAGACCAUCUCGGCCAAGUACGCGGAGGAGCGCGACCGGGCCGAGGCCGAGGCGCGGGAGAAGGAGACCAAGGCCUUGUCUCUGGCCCGGGCCCUGGAAGAAGCCAUCGAGCAGAAGGCCGAGCUGGAGCGUCUCAACAAGCAGUUCCGGGCAGAGAUGGAGGACCUGAUGAGCUCCAAGGAUGACGUCGGCAAGAGCGUCCACGAGCUGGAGAAGUCCAAGCGGGCACUGGAGCAGCAGGUGGAGGAGAUGAAGACCCAGCUGGAGGAGCUGGAGGACGAGCUGCAGGCCACCGAGGAUGCCAAGCUGCGGCUCGAGGUCAACCUGCAGGCGCUCAAGGCCCAGUUUGAACGGGAUCUCCAGGGUCGCGAUGAGCAGAGUGAGGAGAAGAAGAAGCAGCUGGUCCGACAGGUCCGGGAGAUGGAGGCUGAGCUGGAGGACGAGCGGAAGCAGCGCUCCAUGGCCGUGGCCGCCAGGAAGAAGUUGGAGCUGGACCUGAAGGACCUGGAGGCCCACAUUGACUCGGCCAACAAGAGCCGCGACGAGGCCAUCAAGCAGCUGCGCAAACUGCAGGCCCAGAUGAAGGAUUACAUGCGCGAGCUGGAUGACACGCGGGCUUCCCGAGAGGAGAUCCUGGCCCAGUCCAAGGAGAACGAGAAGAAACUCAAAUCUAUGGAGGCGGAGAUGAUCCAGCUCCAGGAGGAGCUGGCGGCUGCCGAGCGCGCCAAGCGCCAGGCCCAGCAGGAGAGAGACGAGCUGGCGGAUGAGAUUGCCAACAGCAGCGGCAAAGGAGCGCUGGCCCUGGAGGAGAAGCGGCGCCUGGAGGCCCGCAUCGCCCAGCUGGAAGAGGAGCUGGAGGAGGAGCAGAGCAACACGGAGCUGGUCAAUGACCGGCUCAAGAAAGCCAACCUCCAGAUUGACCAGAUCAACACUGACCUGAACAUGGAGCGCAGCCACGGCCAGAAGAACGAGAACGCACGCCAGCAGCUGGAGCGGCAGAACAAGGAGCUGAAGGUGAAACUGCAGGAGAUGGAGGGCACCGUGAAGUCCAAGUACAAGGCAUCCAUCACCGCACUGGAGGCCAAGAUCGCCCAGCUCGAGGAGCAGCUGGACAAUGAGACGAAGGAGCGCCAGGCGGCCUGCAAGCAGGUGCGGCGGGCUGAGAAGAAGCUCAAGGACGUGAUUCUGCAGGUGGACGACGAGCGGCGCAAUGCCGAGCAGUACAAGGACCAGGCCGACAAGGUGACCGUGCGGCUGAAGCAGCUGAAGCGGCAGCUGGAGGGCGAGGAGGAGGCGCAGCGCGCCAACGCGUCCCGCAGGAAGCUCCAGCGGGAGCUGGAGGACGUCACGGAGACGGCCGACGCCAUGAACCGCGAAGUCAGCUCCCUCAAGAACAAGCUCAGGCGCGGCGACCUGCCGUUUGUCGUGCCCCGCCGGGUGGCCCGCAAAGGCCCCGGAGAGUGCUCGGACGAGGAGGUGGACGGCAAGGCGGACGCCAGCGAUGCCAAGGCUGCUGAAUAGAAGUCCCGCCACCACUCAAGCUGGCGCCGAGCCUCCCUGUGCCCCCCCCCAGCCUGCUGUGAUGGUGCCCUGUCCUGCUCCUCCCCUCCCCCUCUCGUACCUUGGUGCAGGCCCUUGGCUUCCUCUCCUGCUGCUCCUCCUCCUCUUCCUCCUCCCCUGAAUCGCAUACCAAAGAGCCCAGGCCUGGGGCCUCUGGCCUGACGCGGCCGCUCUCCCCCUGGAGCCCACGUGCCAGGCAGGCGUGCUGGGGACGGGGAGGGAAGGGAAGAUGAUUUUCUAUUCAUCUGUUUUUCUUCAAAUCAGAGUUUUGAUAGUGACAGUCCUAGGACGGUCCCUGGCACCCCUCCCCCCUCCCCCUUUGCUGUUGGCAAUCACAUUGGGUGACCUCACAGCCCAGACCCAUGGCUGCAGACGGGAGGCCUCCAGGAGCCGCUGCCAAAGUCAUCAGCCCCCUUCCUUGUUCAAGUGCAAUGAUCAUGCUCCCACACCCGACCCCCGAGGAACCCACUGGCUUAGGGCGCUCCGUCCCCCCUCUGUCUGGCAGGGCCCCGCAGGCCUAGGGGGCGGGGGCAGGUGGAGGUGGCCCACAGCUCCCUGUGGCUUUUCCUGGUAACUCUUGGGGACCAAAUCGCUUUAAGGGUUAAAGGACACCUCCUACCGAGCCUGGCUGCGGCGGUGCUGGAGGAGAGGGCCGGAGGCCCCCCCUGCCCCCUUUCUCUCCGCCCCCAGGGAAGGGGGAGCUUUAGCCUGCACAGUGUCCUGUCUCUCUCAAGAAUAAAAGAAAGGUCUUGAUCACUGCCUUCCCCCUGGGACCGCGGUUCUAGGGGAGCAGUCUGCGUUUUCUCCACCAUACACUGGUUGCUGGAUUUACCUGUAUUCGUAACUGUAUCAUACGUGCUGCGUUACUCAGACUUACCUACCUAUGAGCAAAGAAAACUUUAAAAUUAAAAAAAAAAUCAUCAGCCCCACAGACCAUGAAAUAUAUAAAGCUAUAUACAUCAUGCCUAAGAGCUCGGAGGUCAGGUCCCAGCGGCUGUCACGGAGAAAUCCAAGCCCCGCCCAUUUUUUAUAUAAGAGAAGUGCCUUAGUGUAUGUCGCAGCCGCUGUGCGUCUCAAUAAAGAGCACCGUGUGCUGCAGAAUGUCCA